CCAACAGGUGAGCAACCAAUCUAAUUUAGUGACGUAGGUGUGCAAUUUCUCACCGGGAAAGAAAUUUGGUGGUUUGCAAUAUCAGAAGUUAGUUUCUCGGACUCACGGUAGCACAACGUCUGGAUGUCUUAUCAGAUUUCUGCUCCCUGCAAUGAGAAGUAGCUGACAAGAGGAUAUCUACCAACCUAGAACGCCAUUGUCCAAUCGCAACGAUGGAAUACCAGGAUGGAACCCUCAGCAGCAGCCAAUCAGUGAUCAGUGGCUCGGAGAGGUCUCCCACCGUGGCUGCAUUUAGACCCUCCCACUCCAGGGAGGACAGCACAGGCACGGGCACAGGCUCCUCACGGCACUCGCGCCAGAACUCCAGGGACUGGGAGAUCAUGAACGACAUCCAGCCCAUGGCCACAGUGCCUGCCCCGUCCCUGCCCGUGACUGUGCCUGGAAUCUGUGAGGGUUACAUGAUGAAGAAGAGGAAGUACCCCCUCAAAGGCUGGCACAGGAGGUAUUUCCACCUGGAGAAAGGAAUCCUGAGAUACUCCAAAACCCACCAUGAGAUUGUGAGGGGGAAGAUCCAUGGAUCCUUGGAUGUCAGUCUUGCGGUCAUGUCCAUCAAUAAGAAGACUAAACGCAUCGACCUGGAUGCUGGCCACAGCAUAUACCACAUGAAGGCCAAGGCUCAAGACGUGUUCUACAUCUGGCUGACCAAGCUGUCCGCCCACCGCAUGUACAGAAAGAACGAUGCCAUGAGUGCCCACCAGGAGGUGCUGCAGGCCUUCUCCUCGCGCUCCGGCACCAUGUCCACCAUGACCGGCGUCUCACAGAGGAGCAGGGCAAUGUCCCUCAUGCUCCCUCAAUACCAGAGCAUGAUGUCUGUUUGUUCUCCGGAGCUAGAGCGGCCCUCCCCUGCCUCGUCUGGAGUCAACAGCAAGGUGUCCGCCUGGCUCCAGCAGACCACGGAGGCGGACGCUUGUACCCAAGAGCUGAGCCGGUGUGAGCUGGAUCUGACCGAGCUGGGUCGUCUGAUCCAGCGGCUCCACUGGCUGGAGGGGGGCCUGCCCAUCACCGACGCAGACCUGGAGCGACGUAUUAGCAUGCAGAAUCUCACCCUUGAAAAACCUAAGAAAAAGACGGGGAAGAUCUUUGGCCACUCACGGUCUCACUCCCACACACCGAUGUUCUCCCCCAGUUACCUGGGCAGCACAUCCCACCUGGGCGCCUCUGUUCAGUCCAUCCCUGACUACGUCUACUCCCAGCUCUCCACGCCGGCUGCCAUCUCGCCCGAGGGCAAGAAGCUCCAGGAGGACAUCUGUGUCCUCUCCACACGAGUCCACUCCUCUCUGAAGUCCAUCCAGAACGUCCUGAGUCUGGAGCGAGAGCGCCUGCGGCAGGCUUGGACCGGACCAGAACUGCGUCAGUCCACCUCGGACCAACUGGCCACACUCUGCUCCACCAUGUCUGAGCUGGAUCUGCAGGCCCGUUUAACAAAAAUUCACUCCCUGUCCCUCUCCUCUGAAUCGUCGGGAGAGUCCUUCUGCACUGUGCGCCAGAACCAGUCUGCCCCGUCAGCUUCCCGUCAGCAAAUGCAGCACAUGCGGCAGCUCUCCGUCGCCGAAUCCAACGCCGAGUAUUUCGACGCCAGCGAGGUGCUCCUCGACGAGAGCUCCUCAGAGAACGAGGCCUCGGACGAGUCGGGCCUGAGCGACAUCACCACCAGCAACUCCGAACCUGAAGAGGGCCACGCGUCCGCCUCCGUUAAGUACAGGGAGAGUGUCUCCAGUGCCCCAGAUGUGCCCACCACUGUGCCCAAGAACACAGGCCGCCGGACGGUCCUGCCCGCACCGUGUGCCGACAACAGCCACAUUGGCAUCCUCACCAUUCUCUACAACAACAUCGGCAAGGAUCUGUCUCGCAUAUCCAUGCCAGUGGCCCUCAACGAACCCGUCAACUUCCUGCAGAGGGUCAGUGAGGAGCUGGAGUAUUCCGAGCUGCUGGACAUCGCAAAUCGCACGGAUGACCCCUACGAGAGGAUGGUCUACGUGGCUGCCUUCUCCAUCUCUGGCUAUGCCUGGGCUACCUGGAGAAGUAACUACAAGCCCUUCAACCCCGUCUUGGGCGAGACCUACGAGAACGUCAGAGACGACAGAGGCUUCCGCUACGUCAGCGAGCAGGUCAGUCAUCACCCUCCUCUAGCGGCGUGUCAUGCGGAGUCUGAAAACUUCAGCUUCUGGCAAGACCAGCGUUGGAAGAACAAAUUCUGGGGCAAAUCAGUAGAGAUUAUCUCCUGCGGAAACGUCAAUGUCACCUUGCCUAAGUAUGGAGAUCACUAUGAGUGGAGCAAGGUCGUCACCUGCAUCCACAACGUGUUUAGCCCCCAGCGACACUUGGAGCACUACGGAGACGUGGUGAUCCGCAACAAGAACAGCGACGCGUGCACGUGCAAGAUCACCUUUGUCAAGGCUCGCUACUGGGGUUCAGAGGGCAGUAAGAACGAGGUGCAGGGCACAGUCCUGAAUGCAGCAGGCAAGGUGGUGCAUCGCUUUGGUGGCUCUUGGCACGAAGGCAUCUUCUGUGACACCCUGCCCAAUCCACAAUGCAUAUGGAAGCCAAGCCCUCAACCUGAAGACUGGCCGAAGUUCUAUGGCUUCUCUCAGUAUGCCAGGGAGUUAAAUGAGCUCACCCCUGAGCUGGCCAAGGUGCUGCCCCCUACAGACUCUCGCUUCAGGCCGGACCAGAGGCUCCUUGAGGAGGGGAAGUUCGCCGAGGCCGACAAGAAGAAGGAUGAGGUGGAGAAUAAACAGAGGGACAGAAGAAAAGAGUUGGGCAAGAAGGGCGAGGAACAUAUUCCCCGCUUCUUUAGAAAACAACUGGACGAUGCUGGUCAAGAGGUGUGGGUGACCAACGGGACCUACUGGAAGGUUCGAGAAGAUCCAGGUUUUGCUUACACUGAUAACCUGCAGCUUUGGCCUUAACCCCGUCUGCCAAAGAAUACCCCAUCAUUUCUCUGAAGGAAUUCCGACUCCGACUCCGAUGGGCACCCGUGAUCCCGUGCCCAGAGUUCUGAUGGGCACCAGAGACUGACCAGGCCGCGUUUUUUUGUUUCUCAGCACAAAAAUGAGCCACUCUGUUCAUCCGUGAGUGGGGAUUGUGCCAACUGUGCCAAUUGUGCCAACUUUGAGUGCAUGAGGAACACACUGGUUUGCUACUCAUCCACUGACACUACUGACUAUGCCGAUACUUCAGAUGUGCCUCUGUGCUUUCGCCAUCUCCGCAGAUCGGAGAAAUUAGAAAUUUUAUAUGAAUGUUACGUACCCUCCUUUACCCGCACACAUACUUUGUGCAUUGAUUUUUAUAACUAUUGCAAUUUUAUGUCAGUGAAGGGGACACCUCCCAAGAGUAUAAGGAGUGUGGAAAUGAGAUUUUUGUGUAAAAAGCAGAUGUGACUUGUGUACAGAUGUGGCUGUCAAAACUGAAUAACAAGGUGGUGGUUGCACUGGUCAAGAUAUGUUCCCACUUCAAUGGGAUUCAAAUGUAUGUCUACCUACAUGUUUAUAUCAAUGGAUUGUAUAAAGUUAACUCUCAAUGAGUUAACUUUACAUUGUGGUGUGUGUGAUAACACAUGUAUAUUUUGACACUGCAGGCAGAUUUGAUUGUACUUGCUAGCCUAGUGUAGGAUAAUGCGCUUCGAUUCAAAGUUAGUCUGUAAAUAACACUGAACUUUCCCUGAUCUGCCUUGCUUGAAGUGUGUGUGUGUGUGUGAGGUAGAGAUUCUUUUUUUAUGUGUUUGUGCUCAAAAUGUUCUUUUUUUACUUUUGCCGUAGGUGUUGAGAUUAUGAUAUUUUUAUUGAUGUUUCAACAGUUAUAUUUUGAGGAGAAAAGAUAAGCAUUGUUAACAUUCUUUAGAUGAUUUUCAAAGUGUGACUCCAUGUUUAUAAACUCUCUUUAGUCUGAUAGAAAUAAAUAUUAAAAUGGAAGUGAUAAGA